AUGGAGGUAGGCAGCCAUGGUCUGCCUCCCUGCUCCCCAUCAUCCAAUGUGAUGAUUGCAAAAAUUCCUGACGGGGUAGACUAUCCACCCCACUGAUGCCUGAAGUUCCAUGAGAAAGCAUUGCCGGGGAAACUGGUGCCAGGAUCCAGAAGGGCCCUCAGCUGCCACUUGCCAGUGAGCUAUGGAGUAGCGGCUGACGUUUGUCAACAUAAAAACCUGGAGGUCUGCACCAACUCUGAAGACACCCGGGCCCAAGAGCACCUCCAGGAUCCCUGGCCACCUCUGCUGCCUGCCAGAACCCCAGCCCUGGUUAAAACCAUCGGAUCAGAGAGGGGACAGCCCCAGCCCCAGCCCCUCUUCCAUUAG